AUGUUUGGAAAUAAUAAAUCAUCAUUUCGAACUACGUUAUCACUUGUCUGUCUAUUGUAUACACUUGGUUCCUCAAUCAAAUAUCUUCACUUGAUCUAUCCCGUUGGACACUACAAAUACAACUACUCACAACCAGUUGAUGUAAAUGAAGCUCGUGCUCACCAGAUUGAUCGCAAAUACAUCCGAUCAAUCAUCCUGUAUGUUGUUGGAAUAUGUAUAUUGAUAUCAAGUAAUGUCUUACUGA